GAGGUAUCUUCUUACUUUGAAGCAAUAUGUGCGUAAUAGAGCUCGUCCAGAAGGUUCAAUUGCUAAAGGAUAUCUUAUGGAAGAAUGCAUGAAUUUUUGUGCACAAUAUCUCAAUGAUGUGGAAACUAAAUCUAAUCGACCCACGAGGAACUACAGUGGUGAUGAUAAUCUGGGUCGUGCUGUUGGUGAAAUCACAAGCUUUUAUCUUGAUAACGUUUCUUGGGUACAAACUCAUCGGUAUGUCUUAUUCAAUACAGCCGUGGUUCAACCAUUCAUAAACAAACACCUUGAAGAACUUAAGGUCAAAAUGCCUCGUGUUGACGAUCAUCAGCUUCGGCGUGAACAUUUUGAAACUUUUCACAUUUGGUUCAAGGAACAUGUUCAAACGUUGCGAAGGACUAGUGAUGUCACAUUUUCUGAAGAGAUUACUGUAUUGGCAAAUGGUCCUCAUAACCUGGCAAGGAGGUUCAACGGGUAUAUAAUGAAUGGGUUUCGGUAUCGAGUAAAGGCCAUGGAUGACCGUCGAGCCACACAAAAUUGUGGUGUAGCUUUGAAAUUGUUUAAUUGUUUUGACUUUUUGAUUUUUGAUUUUUUAUUUUUUUGA